AGCUUGACUGUGUGUAUUGGCGAAUGAGAAAAUAGAAAAAUCAAUCGCAGCAGUAUUUGAGCCUAGAUCGCAGUAAGAUGCAUUGUGAUAUUAGAAAAAGCUUCAUAGGAAAUAAACGGUUCGCUUAUUUUGCCUGACACUGAUAUAUUUGUACAGAAUCAGCUAUAUAAGUUACUCUCGAGUCGUACUAUUCGUCAGUCGAUUUCAUCGGCAUCUGAGUAUUUCUAGUUAGUGUUUGCAUAUUAACUACAGUGGGUUAGUUUUUCUAGAAGAACAAAACGUGUAGUGACCAGACAGUGCCCAUUAAUCGCACGAGGCUUUGAAAUAACAGUCACAAGUUACUUUUCAUUAAAAAAUACAUCCCUGAAGCGUCACUGCUCAGCAUCUGUAGUUGUCGAUAAACCAAAAAUUAGUUCAGCACUUGUCGAAUCUUUCAACUUUCAUUCAAAUUGAAUCAAUUUUUUUUAUACUUACGUUGAGAGAAUUCGUCUUGCUAUUUCGAGUAAAUAUUUCGAUAAUUUUCCUUCUAUUUUCUACGUAUAAUCGAUUGUUCACUAAAAUGUACACCUGCCAGCUAUUGGUGAGCGACAAAAUUCUACUGUUCCUUUGUUGUAGUACGAUUGCACGCCAUUUUUUCUACAUGAAAAAUGUUUUUUUCUCAGCGUUAUCGAAGUUUCAUCUAAGGGCAAUCGAUUAAUUCAAAGAUAUCCUUGUAUUUAUGUUAAAAUAUCACAUGACGUCCGAAGAAGGGAGACAGAAAUUUCGGCCCGUGCUUAAAUUGACCUCAUUGACUUCUAAAAACAACCUAAUUUUUUUUAUUAGUUGCUACGUAUCGUAGUGUGGUUGUGGGUGUAGAUGUGGAUGUAGCUAUAGCAAAGAAUGAUAACCACAUCCACACCCUGAUUUUUCAGUGCUUGGUUGCUGAAAAUGUAUGUUUGAGUGCGAGACAACGUUUUUUCAAAAAUCCUUGGCUUUCUAGGUAAAUGUCAACAUAAACUAGCGUGCAAUAGAGGACCACCUUUGGAGGGGUGAUGUAAAGUUUCAUAAUGCAAGACUAUGGUCUUUUAUUCUGUGGGGGAAAGGUGGUUAACUCAAAACGGCUAUAAUUAUCUCUGACAGUGUUCUUCGGGUUUCAACGACCAUUCCACUUUAUCAUAGGUGCCAAGACUCUACCGAUUUUUCUUUCGUCGAUAUAGUUUUGUGUUGAACGAUUCAGAAUGAUGCGAACUAUCCAUGAUAAAAAGACUCAAUUUUCGUAGCCCUAAGUUAAGGAAACCGCGCUCCGAUAUACCUCCGAAACCUUUGAUAUUUUUUUAUUACGUCCGUGUUCCUUGUCAAUAACUCUUGCGAAUGAGAUUAGUGCGUAAUUAAGCGGAUAAGUCUCACAAAGAUAUUAGGAGUUUCAAAUAAAAUAUGGAUCUGCCAUUUUUUAUGCAUCGAAAAUGUCACUUCUUGCUUCAACACAAUAAAACAAAAUAUUUCAUCCGUGUUACACCCUUUACUUGUUUGUAUUCUGCCUAAUUAUUAAUCAAUAACAAUGUUACUAUUGCGAUUGGUUAUCUAGAAAGUACUUACAACCGUUUAUGUACUCGAUAUUUUCUUCACUUACAGAAAAAAAAUAGAAGAAAUGUUUAAAUACUUAUUUUUUAUAUUGAUUCUGUCGGGCGUGAGCCUUCUUGCAUUAUAUGAUGACAAUAUAAUAUUGCCAUUAAUUUUGGAAAAUCAUUAUGGUGAUGGUAGAUAUACAGUUGUAAACCCUGAAACGACAAUAUCGUAUUUGAAUGAUUUUCAUUUCUCGAUUGACCCAUUAAUUAUAAAUGGAUAUAAUUGUACACCAUUAUUUCAUGAACUUAUUAAAAAAAAUCAACAAAUUGUAAAUUUAACAAUUAAAUCUGAUCCAUCAAAUGGAUAUAUUAUUGAUCAAGAUAAUACAUUUUCAAAAUACUUUUUACCAAAUGGUGGUGGAUGGGAUAAGCUGUAUGAAGAAAACCCAAAAGUUGUCGGUUUAACAUCAGUUUCAUUACCAAUGUAUGACAAAGAAAGAAAUUUAGUCAUGGUCUACAAAAGUUUUAUACAGCAUUAUUUAGCUGGUCAAGGAGAUUUAAUCGUUUAUAUGCUUAACAAGAACAGAACAUUACACGAAUUAGGAAGAAGAAUGAUCUGGAUUUCAUAG